AUGGAUGAGCCAACCAAUUGUUCAGAUCAUUUUGAAUUAUUCAAGAGCGAUAUUGAAACCCGAUCCAGUGAACUAAUGCAACAUUUGGAAAGUUCUAGAAAUACGUUUUGGGAAAAUCUUCACGCUUGUCGGGAAUACGUUAUUGAACGGAUUAACUUUUUAUUUAGUGAGCUUGAGUCGCAAGCUUUGUAUGAGCAAAAGCUAAUUGAUGAUAAGGCACAAGAGCUUGGCAUUGACAUUAUGAACACUUUCGAAAGAAUCGGAGCUUGCGUUUCCACAAUUGAUGCUUGCAAGCAAUCACUGAAAAACCUAUCUUUUGAUGCUCGCGUUGCUAAAGGCUAA